AAAUUUUUAUCAUUUUUUAUUACUCAUUAAUUGUAUUGAUCUAUUUUAAAUUUUAUCCUGACAAUAUGAACAAUUUACUCAUUAUCAAUGAUCAUUGGACAAUUAAUUUCUUUUCGUCUGUUAGCAGUUUAAAGAAUCAAAGAGUUUUAUCCAAAAAAUAAAAGGAUUUAUUGUUUGUGUUUCUCUGUCUCUCUUUCUCUCUUUCUUUUUACUUUCCUUUUACCUUUCAUUUAAUUCAUUUGCUCUCUUUCUCUAUCUUUCUUUUUUUACAUUUUUCUUUCUUCUCUCAUGUUUUUUUUUUGUUUGUCGGCAGAAUAAAUUCACAGUUUUUUCUUUUACAUUGUGAAUUAUUCAAGUGUCUCUAGAGUUACCACCGAGAAUUUGGCUUUUUUUGGCGACUAAAAGAAAACCCGUCACCUUGUGUAUAUAAAAUUUUCUCCAAGGGGCAAAGAAAAAGAUCUCGCAAUUUAUUUAUCAAUACCAACCCCUGACCCAGAGAUUAAAGAAAACAAGAGAAAGAGAGAGAGAGAGAGAGAGAGAGAGGUGAUAAAGUGAAUUUUUUCAAGUUAACCCUGUGUUCAUGAUCAUCACCAUCAUUUUAAUUUAAUUAGCUGUCAUCUUUCAUCUGUCAAUUGUAAAUCUUAUUUUUUAUUUUUCGUUAAACAAUCAUGGCUUGUGUUGAUGUAGACAUGAAUUCUCCUGUCAAAUUGGAACAAGUGGAGAGUAAACUUGAUACCACUGAGAUACCAAUCUGUGAAAGUGAUCCUAAUUUUGCAGUUAUUUGUUCAUUCAUUGAACAAUUUGGUUCAUCUCUUGAUCUACAUUUGGACAUAGCCCAAUUAAAAUCUAUGUUAGAAACCAAUGAGAAAACUCCAGAAGAAUUAGUCGAGUUACACAUUAAACUUCUCAGAAAAAGACGUAAAUAUAUUCAACGGGACAAAUGGGAAAGAGCAUUAGUUAAAUUUAUCUCAGAAUAUUCUAAUGUCGAUGCUUGGGAACUCGAAAGAUAUGGAUACAAAAAUGUCAAUCUCGGUAUCAGACUCGCUGCUUUCAAGAAUCUCCUUGAAGCUCAAUUUGAUUACAAUGCCAAAUUUAAAACCGGUAUCAAUGCUAUGGAAGCUCAAUCUCUCCGUUUGGCUCCCAUAGGAAGGGAUAUUCAUGGUAACCAAUAUUGGUUUCAACUUGAUUCUGAAUUUUGUUUAAGACUUUACCGCGAAGAGCCGGAUGAUGAAAAGUCUUGGAUUCUUAUUUGCAAAAAUAAAGUUGAUCUCGAGUUUUUAAUCUCAAGCCUACAAACACAAACUCUUGACCAACUUAAAGAUUCUACACCAACGAGCGAGCAUACAAGAGAAAAUGAUGAUAGCAAUUUAAUUUUUCCAAUCAACAGUAUAAAAGAUGAACAAUAUGAAAAAGAAAGGUCCACUUUCUCAUUCGACCAAAAGCUUAUUCCCACUGAAGAAUUGAAAAGUGAAAACUCUAGUGAAUUAACUGAUUACAUUAAAGAUGAAGUGACAUUAUCUCAUGAUAAUCAUCAUCCCACCCAGUGCAUCGUGAAAAGUGAAUCAGAAAAUGAUAAUCUUUCUAAAAUUGAUUUAAAAUCAAUCGGUCAAGAUUGUAAACAGCAAAGUCAUCAACUUCCUAAACUUUUCUUACCAGACAUUAACUUCCAAAAAUCAAGUGCCCCCGCUGAAAUCGACUCCGAAGUUCAUACAGUUCUCAAUAACCUUUUAGACAAAAUAUCAACUAAAGAUCAAUUCUCAUCACAAAAAAAGCAUUUGGAAGUGAACCUUCAAGAUAUAACAGAUUUAUGCAAUCAACUCUUAGAUCAAGUUUGUUCGAGCUUCCAACAACCUAUCUCAUCAAAAUAUACAAAUGAAGAUCUUGAUGAACAAAAGCCAAUCAAUUUACUCGAGUCUUCGCCAUCCACAAAUUUAAUUGAAGCAUCUAAUGGACAAGAAUCAGGAAACAAGGAGCAAAGUGAAGAUGAAGAUUUAACACCAUCAAGAUCGACAUUUUCUAGUAAAAAAAGAGGAAGAAAAUCAAGAAGAGGAGGAAGAAAAACACAAAACCAAAAUAAUCGAAGUUUUGACGAAAAAUCUGAAUCAGAGAGUCAAAAUGCAACCGAAGUACAAGUUCCAAUUGAAGCAAAACCUCAAAGUGGUAGAGGGAGGGGAGGAGCUGGUAGGGGUAGAGGUCGUAGGGUCUCAAUUCCAGAGCUUCAAAUUAUCGAAAAUGCCGAAAGAUCUCCAUCGCCACAACCAAUCAAACGUCAAAGUCGUAGGAUACAAGCGCUUCAGGAGAAGAAAAAUGCUGAACUCGCUGAGAAAGUGAAGCGGGAACAACAACAUCUAGAAGAAAUGGCAAAGAAAAUGCAAGCAAAUAAAGUUAAAUCUCAGGAAAAUAGCUGUGAUAGCUUCAAAAGUAAAGACUCUCGAAAAAGCAGUUACAAUACUGAAGAAAGUUCGAGUGAAAGUGAUCAAGUUUCCGAAAAAAAUCGAUCUAAGAAAAAAAGAAAAAAGAAGAAGAAAGGAAUCCCCGGAAAGAAAGGCUGUCCAUGGGAUAGUGCCGACUCUUCGAGUGAGCCGAGUGAAGAGGAAGAGGAAGAAGAGAUAGAAGAAGAAGAAGACGAAAUACUCCAAUUUGAUGAAAAUGAAGACGAAUUCGCUUGCGAAGAACCUGAGCCUGAUGCUGAACCAAUUAUUCUCAAAAGAGCAAGAACAGCUAAAAAAGUCAAAGAAAAAGCUCCCGACCAAGAGUCAAGUAGUGAAUCAGAAGAGAUUAAUGAUGAUACACCUUGUCAACGUUGUGGCAAAUAUGACCAUCCAGAUUGGAUUCUUCUUUGUGACAAAUGUGACGUCGGUUUCCAUACUGCAUGCCUUAGGCCUCCACUAAUGUCAAUUCCUGAAGGGGAUUGGUUUUGUCCACCAUGUGAAAAUAAACUAUUAAUUGAAAAACUACAAGAGCGCUUUGAAGUUUUAUCAAAGGCUCUCGAAAAGAAGGAACUUGAAGAGAUGCGUAAACAACGAUUGAAACAAGUAGAACUUAGUCUGAACCAACUUUUCAAACCCAAGCCCGUUGAAAACCACAGGAAAUCGACUGAAGAAAGAGAAUACGAAGAAAAACCGGUUAAAAAAUAUUCUAAACGAUUUUCUGAUGAAGAAUCUGAUAUGGAAAGAAGUGAUAAUGAGUCAGAUGGAGAAAGUGACGAAAGUGAAUAUUUAUUAUUACGAUCAGCUAGAAGUCGUAAAAAGAUCAGUUAUCAAUUUACUGAGUACGAUGCAAUGAUUAAUUCAGCUAUCCAAGAUGAAGGUUACGAUGAAGUGCCACAAGAUGUACCUUUCGGUCAAUCAAGAGGUAAAGAUAUGGCUACGAUCGAACAAGCCUUGAAACAACAAGAAGCUGAAGAAAAGGAGAACGAAAUGGAACCAGAACAAUUUAAUAUCGAAAAUGAAGUAGACUCAAAAUCAGAAGAUCUCGUGCAACCUGAAGUGGAUGAGAAAGCAGAACCAGUUAACAAUGAAGAAGAAAAGGAAGAAGAGGUGGUUGAUGAAGAUUCUGACUUUGAGCCUCAGAAGCGAAAAAAAGUAAGAAGACAAGCGAAAAAACGACGUUUAAACGACCUGGAAGCUCCUUCAGAGGACGAUUCGGACGAAUCUUUCAAAGGUGGAUCUGAUACCGAAGUAGAAGAUGCGUCGGAAGAAACUUUGGAAGAAUCUUUAGACGAAGAAGAAGAAGAAAGUAACGGCUCUUGGAAAAAGUUUAGAAUAUCAAAAAAAUCUAAAGGUAGACGUGUCAGAGGAAGUAAAAAAGGAGGAUAUCGACGAGACGAUUUUGUCGUUGAUUCUGAUGACAGUGAAUAUGAAGCUGGUGGACGAUCUCGAACUAGAACCGCAGCUAGAAAACGUGUCAGUUACAAGGAGUUUACAUCAGACGAAGAGGAGGAAGAAUAUGAAACAAGUAAAAAACGUAAACUGAGCGGUUCAGAUACAAGUGAUGAAGAAUGGACUGAAAAUGAUGACGAUGACGAUGUCUAAUUAAAACACCAACGCGUGUGUGAGGAACAUCAAAGUAGCUCUGUACAGGAUUUAAGGAAGUGCAUGCGAUAAAGUUAACAACCCACUCGAUAAGUAAAGUUAAAUGAAAUCUAUUUGUUUACACGAUGAGACUUAUUUUAAUUCAUUCAUGUAAUCACAUUUAACUGCUCAUCGAUUUUUAUAUAACACAAUCUACUAUUCCUUUACUCGCACAAACUUUCCACUUGAAAUCAUCAUCUCUCAGGCCGAGCCUAAAUUGAUCAUACGGGCAAAUUUAACUCGAAAGCAAAAUAAUAAAAUUUGUAUAAUGAACUAUUAUUAUUAAUAUUGAUAAUGAAAUCCAAAUCUAAUCGAGUUUAUAAAAUUAAUUGAUCAAAGAAUAUUUUACAACAAUCCAAGGCAACAUUUAAACAAAUUGUUUGUUUAAACUUAAAGAAAAAGCUCAAAACUCAAUCUCGAGGUCAAAGAAUUGACUUGAAAGAAUAAAAGAAAAAUUUAUAAAGGAAACUUGAGUCCAAUUCUAUGCCGAUUUAAAUAAUCAAUAAAUUCUUUUCGAAUAUGAUAUUUAA